AGCCAGCUCAGGUGUCAGUCACCUCCAAGGAGCACGUUAUGGCUGCCCCACCUCUCCCAGUCCUCCCAAGAAAGUCAGAGGUGUGGGUGAUCAUGGUGCUAACGCCACACAGAGCUGGUGGGAAGGCCUCCCCUGCUUCCUAGCUGGGGGCGGGUUACCUCUCAGCCUCAGCUCCUUCUGGGUGAAGGCACCGCCCCCUGCGAGGUUGCCCUCAGCGUUAGAUGGCCAGCACACAGAAAGGGUGCUCACUGUGUUCCCGGGAGUCUCCCUCCCCAAUCUGGGCUCCAGCAAUCUGCUCCGCUCCCCUAGAUCUGACGGUCUCGUCAUUGUCUGUGGGAGAAGAAUCUGAGUUCAGGACCGACUCCUCUGCAGCUGCUCCAGGCCCCACUUGCUUUUCAGGGCCCGCAGGCCGCCGGGAAGCAAGUCUGUGUGUACACAGAGCUGUGUGGCCCUGGCCUUCUCAGCACAGAGGGCUGCAGGGGGGCCCAGCGUUCACAAGUGGAAGCCAGAAGUGGGCACCCCUGACCCCUCAGGGUGGACCACUCCCCCCACUCCUCCCCAGCCCCCUCCUCCUAGCUGGAGUUGCAGGCCAUACCAGGGGCCCACGCCUUGGGCGGGCACACAGGGCGGCCAUUGUCUGUGCAGUGCCUGGCACCCUCUCGUUUGCAUAGCCACGUGAAGAAUGUGAGGGAGCAGGCUGCCGACAGACCCCUGCAAAGGGGAGCCAGGCUGCGGGGGAGGAAGCAGGCUGGGGUCGCAGCAGCAGGACCCCGCUUUCCCCCAGUGCCGUCCAGGACAGGCGGGUGGGCCUCUGGGGAUGGCGGGGAUGGCUGGGGGGCUGGCGGGAGUGGGAGCAGGGUUGUGACAUUCCCCCUGCACCCACGCCAGGCAGAGCCCAUGGGGCCAAACUGAACGUGAGGAGAUUGCUAAUGAGGUCGAGGAGAGUUAAACAUUCCCCUGCUCCAGAGGGCUGAGCUGGGAUGGGGGUUGGUGCUGGAAGGGCAGCCUGAACCCCAGGAAUGCACAGAAGCCGCAGCUCCCCCGCCAGGCUGUUCUGGAGCUGGGGGCCGGGGCCCGGUGCCUCAGGCCCCAGCAGGAGCUGCUAAACCAGCCAGCAAGGGGAUUAACGGGGCUGAGCAGUCUGCCUUCCUUCGGGCUGCUGCCAGAAGGUCGGUGCUGUCUCCCACCUCCCUGCCAGGCUCCUUGCUGGCUGGCCGCCAGCUCUGUCCAGCCUUGAUGGGGUCCCUCUUCUGCCCCAAUCAGAUCUCAAACAGACCCCACUGUGCAUAUUUCCCUGGUCUGGCUUCCUCUGUUUUUGCUAUACACGGCCUCCGGGGUACCCAGGAACCCCUGUCCCCAACAGCCCCUCCCCAGCCCAGUCUCUUUAUAUCUGGCCUCAGACCCCUAGCCAAAAAGUUCUGCCUGGUGUCCAACUCUAGUAUUACCUGCUGCAAACUGGAACUCAAUUUCUUUUGCGUCCUACAGUCAGAGGACAGAAAACCCGAAGGGUCAUAUCAGCCAAGUAAGGGCAAAGUCCAUCAUCUCAGGCCUGGGGCUUGGGGUAGGAAGCAGGAGAAUUUUAGGGCACUUUCAUCAGGUUUCUAAAGGGGUUUCCCUGGGCCUAAAGGCCCUGAGGGCAGGCAGGGUCACUCCUCCCAGCCCCUCCCUUCUCUAUCCCUGGAGCUGGGCAGGCGCAGGGUACCCACCUGGGCCGUGGCCCCGCCCCCCACCCCCAGGGGGCUGGGCAUGAGCUUUGCUGGGGACCCUGCCCUGGCUUAGGCAGCCAGCACUGUGGGCGGGCCCUGGCCUUUCCAGCCCCUGGGCCUCCCCCUGCAUUCUAGAGCCGGAGCCGCUGCCUUCGCCGCUGCCGCUGCUGCGCCACCGCCACCUCUCCUUCUCAGCCUCUGACCGCCCACUGCACCCCCACCCCCAGGCCAGCUGCUCCUCUCACCUGGCCAUGACCCCAGCCCCCCAGGGCCCCUGACCCAGCCCUGAGCCCUGGGACCCCCGGCCCCCUCCCCUGGGCCAUGGCCAACUCGGGCCUCCAGCUCCUGGGCUACUUCCUGGCCCUGGGGGGCUGGGUGGGCAUCAUCGCCAGCACAGCCCUCCCGCAGUGGAAGCAGUCCUCCUACGCGGGCGACGCCAUCAUCACGGCCGUGGGCCUCUACGAAGGGCUCUGGAUGUCCUGUGCCUCCCAGAGCACCGGUCAGGUGCAGUGCAAGCUCUACGACUCCCUGCUCGCCCUGGAAGGUCACAUCCAGUCAGCGCGAGCCCUGAUGGUGGUGGCCGUGCUCCUGGGCUUCGUCGGCAUGGUCCUUAGCGUCAUCGGCAUGAAGUGCACCCGGGUCGGAGACAGCAACCCCAUCGCCAAGGGCCGCAUUGCCAUCUCCGGGGGAGCCCUCUUCCUCCUGGCAGGCCUCUGCACUUUAACGGCCGUCUCGUGGUAUGCCACCCUGGUGACCCAGGAGUUCUUCAACCCAAGCACACCUGUCAAUGCCAGGUAUGAGUUUGGCCCAGCCCUGUUUGUGGGCUGGGCCUCUGCCGGCCUGGCCAUGCUGGGGGGCUCCUUCCUCUGCUGCACGUGCCCGGAGCCCGAGAGAUCCAACAACAGCCCGCAGCCCUACCGGCCCGGCCCCUCAGCUGCGGCCCGAGAACCAGUUGUUAAAUUGUCUGCCUCCGUCAAGGGCCCCCUGGGUGUGUAAUGUCCAGGUCCCCAGCCUGGCUCUGUCCCCCUGCUCACCUAGACUAUGUGUUUGGUAUUUUUUCAAAAGAGAAGCGAACAUCCAGCCCCAAGUGUGGUGUCAUUUGGUCUGUCCCCGGCAUGGCUAGAUUGGGGGCUGGCUCAGAGAGGUCAGCGCUGGUCCCUGGGGUCCUUGGGCAUAAAGCUGGGGUGACAGAGGUCCAGGGUGGGAUACACAGAAUACCCAAGGCUGAUCAGGAAAGAAUUCAGGGCCCCUGCCCCCCUGCCCAGCCUGACUUUGGGCCUGACACCAGGCUCUCCUUGAAGGGAGACCCACCUGAGGACUGGCCCUGUCUGAACAGAGACACAGCCCGCCCCUGUUACUCUGCCUCCCUGGGAGGCCCUGCAGCCAGGUGCUGGGGAUCAGAGCCAGCGUGAGGGGACACUGGAGGAGCUCGCCAAGUGGAGAGAGACUAGGGGAAGGAUGUUAGGGCCUUUCAGGCUUUGGGAUUAUCCUGAGCAAGGUUGGAAGCCCCCAGCUCUGCUCCCACAGCAAUGCUGCCCCUUUCUCCCACCCCCCUUCCUGCUGUCCAGUCUGCUGAGGUCCUGCUGCAUCCCUGCCCUGGAACCAAAGGAGGGAGGGGGUGGCCUGAGGCUGCCUGAGACUGUGGCUGGAGCUCCAUCCUCACCCAGGGGUGCAGUCAGAGCUGCAAGGGCUUUUGGUCCUGAAGUACGGGUACCACCCCCUUAGUUUAGAAGCUGGAGAUGCCCUCAGAGGAAUGUAGGGAACUUAACCGGAUCAGCCCUGCCCCUCAUGCUCAGGCCUCUCCCACCCCACCUCUCCUCCCUGGACCCUGAGUCUCUCUCUGGCCACUGCCCCCUCUCGCUUCCAUCUGGAAAGAGCUAUUUAUAACCACCCCUUGACUUCCCCAUGGCCGCCUCAGCCAGCUCUGUUCUGGCUUCCUCCACCACCUGUCUUGUGAUCACAUCUCCCACCAAGUCACCAAAUCCCAAGGACACAGCUCAACCUUCUCCCUGGAGCUCGACUCUGAGAGGUGAAGUAAGGCAAGAUGACUGUCGCCCACGCUCCAACCAAGGGUGGGGACGGGAGGAGAGAAGCGAUCGGUGGAGCUGCUGUGGGAUUGUCCGCACAGUGACCUGGGCCUGCCAGCUGCAGCACAUCCACGGGGGCACCUCAGGAGCAGCCACUUCAUGCAGCCCAUCCAGCCUCUGGCCAGAGGAGGUGGGCACCUGACCCUAAAUGGGUUCACCAGAGUCCUGCCCCUCAAAUGAUGAAUGAGAACUACAAAAGAGUCGCUCGGGGUGCCCGAGCUAUAACGCAGCGGUUCUCAGCCCUGGGUGGGCGUCUGAGUCACUUGGAGAGCUGAGGCCCAGCCUCCCUCCCUGGACAUCCCGGCUUAAUUGGCUCGGGGUAGACCUGGGUAUCUGGGUCCAGGCAGCCCCCAAGGGCAGCGAGGUGUGGUCAGCACUGAGGGCACUUCUGUGGGGCCUAAAGCUCAGGGCUGUGAGGGUCUCAGGGGGGAAAGGCGUCUCCAAGAAGAGGCGAGGAGAGGAAAGGCCUGUCUCCUUGUGCCCUUCCUGAAACCAGGCUGUUCUGAGAGAUUCCCACAUCCUCCCAAUAAACAGAUCCCAUGCCGCUGAA